AUGUUUCUUUUUUUGUUGAUUAUUGGUUUAUUCAUCGAUGUUUGUCAUGGCUAUUUGACUUGGUCAUUUGGUGGCGAUGACGAUGAUGACUACUACUCUGGACGACGUUAUCUUGGUGGGUCUUAUGGACAGCCAACCGUUCAGCAAACAUAUGGUCAACCGUUCUAUGGUCAACCAAGCUACUCUCCAGUCACAUACUCAUCGGUGAAUAUGGGCGGUCGAUCGGCUGGCCAAUGUCAAGUUAUUCGCUAUCUCGGAAAUCAAUAUGUUGACUAUCUCCGGACCAACAAAAAGACACCUUUUUGUCCUAUCGAAGUCAUUAAAACUCGACAUUUAUUCGGAUCGGAACUGAUU